GACCRCCCGUAUUGUCCGAAUCCAUCCAAGGCACAUUGGGCCGUUUGCCUUGUAAUGUGACGCCGCCCAUUUUGGAGGAUCGCGUUGCACUUGUAAUUUGGUUUAAAGUGGGUCUGAAGACGCCCAUUUACAGCGUCGAUACGCGCGACUCAAACUUUGCAGAUGGCACACACUGGUCCGAUGAAUCGUAYCGCGAUCGCUUGUCCUUCUCCGUCGAGGGACGUUCGGGGACGCUGGCAAUUAAGAAGACACGACAAGAGGAUACGGGCGAGUAUCGUUGCCGUGUUGACUUUCAAAAGAGUCCGACGCGCAACUCGAAAGUAAAUUUAACUGUCAUAACACCACCCGAGUCAAUAAUCAUCUUAGACAGUAAAGGUGCGACGAUAAAAGACUACAAAUUGGGUCCCUACAAUGAAGGUGCAGUCAUCAAUAUAACUUGCGUGGCAGUUGGCGGACGACCGCAACCGAGAGUCACCUGGUGGAAUGGUAACAAAGAGAUUGACCAAUCCUCGCAUUCAUUGUCAGAUCGACGUGUCGGCAACAUACUGACGCUGGGCAAACUGACACGUGAGAAUCUGCACAUGCAGCUUACCUGUCAAGCGGCCAACAACAAUUUGACGACGCCAAUUACCAGCACCGUUACCCUUGACUUGAAUCUGCGCCCCUUGAUUGUGAAAUUGGAUGGCGAAAAUCGGCCACUGUCUGCCGAUCACUCGUAUCAGCUGCAUUGUAAUGUUAUCGGCUCGCGACCGGCACCGACGAUUACCUGGUGGAAGGGYAGCACACCUAUGAAGAAUACACAUGAAGUGGCAAAUCCUGAUGGUAAUAUGACAACGUCAAUAUUGACUUUUACGCCAACCAUCGAUGAUCGCGGCAAAUUCCUGUCGUGUCGCGCCGAACAGAGCAUGAUACCGGAAUCGGGCAUGGAGGACGGUUGGAAAUUGGAUAUUUACCACAUACCCGUUGUGAGCCUGGAGCUCGGCACCAACUCGUUAAACUCAACCUUUCGCGAAGGCAUCGAUGUUUUCUUCGAGUGCAACAUCAAAUCGAAUCCUUGGGUCUACAAAGUCAGUUGGCGCCACAAUGGCAAUAUUCUCGAGAAUAAUUUAGCCGAGGGCAUCAUAGUGGCCAAUCAGAGCUUGGUGCUUCAGAAUGUGAGUCGCGCCCGCGCGGGCAUCUACACUUGUGUCGGCAGUAAUCGGGAAGGUGAUGGUGAGAGCAACCCUGUGCAUUUGGACAUAAGAUUUGCGCCCAUCUGCCGGCCCGGUCAACGUUUCGUCUACAGUUCCGGACGACAAGAGACGGUUAGAAUUGUCUGCGAAAUCGAGGCGAAUCCAAUGGAGGCGACAUACAGCUGGAAAUUCAAUGCAACACGCGGCGAGGUAAUCGACAUACCRGCAUCACAAAUCGCUGUGGACCGUGGACGCAGCAUAGCACACUACACGCCCAUAACGGAAAAUGACUAUGGCAUACUGCUCUGCUGGGCGAGCAAUGAAAUUGGCGAUAUGAGUGAACCGUGUGUUUUCACCGUGACACCAGCAGGCGAACCGGAUCCAUUGGUUAACUGCACGCUACUCAAUCAAACGUCGACCGGCUUUCAAAUUGAAUGCAUCGAAGGCUUCAACGGCGGUCUGGAGCAGGAUUUCAUAAUGGAAGUGUAUGUGAACGGAACGACACGCUAUCCGAAAGUUUUUCGAUCAAAAACACCGUACUUCGAAAUGCGCGGGCUGGUGCCUGGUGCCGGCUACAAUGUCUUCUUGGUGGCGCACAACGARAAGGGACGCAGCAAUGCAACCAUCCUGCAAGUAUAUACGCUCAAGGAUCCGGAAAAGCAGACGGUCGUUAUUACUUACAAAAAGGGUGGCAUGAGUGCGCCGCCACGCUUUUAUGAACAAACAACUGCCACUAGUAUUCUAACAACACAAAUCUACAACAGUACAAUAACAAAAAUUAAAACAGAUAAAAAUCUCUCGCUCGCCUAUGCGCCCGUAAUCGAGGAUAUCCGGCCAUUUCUCGGCAUACUAGUCGGCAUUGUGGGCAGCAUAUUCCUGGUGGCGCUUAUCAUUGUCAUUAUUGUUCGCAUGCGCGGCUCGACGGGACGCGAUCGCAAUAAUUACUCGCAUCCAACGACGACCACUGGGCGUGGCAAUAAUAAUAAUGGCAGCGUCAGCAUCGGUACACUACACAAUGGCCAAUCAAUACAGGAUAUACGCAUCGGUCGGGAUACCUGCCAUGUGACGAGCAGUUUAGAUAGCAUAGACAAGAAUCCGGAUAUAAUACCGCAAGAUGGCCGUGACGAUGACGAGGAGUGGACCACCAAGGGACAUAAUCGCGCUUAUGCAACAGCCGCGCUGGCGGAGCAGAACGCCGUCAUCACCUCAUCCACGUAUGAUCAUAUAAUGCCAACAUAUGCUGUUGUCGAUAAGAAGUCGGCAGCGCAGCAUUUGCAACAAUUACAACARCAACACCAGCAGCAGCAACAACAUCAACAACAACAACAACCGCCACCGCCACACGGCCAAUACAUACACUACAAUGCGCUGAUACCGGUGAGCAAAAUGGGCGGAUAUGCUGCGCACCAGCAACAACAACAACAGCAACAGGCGCAGCAGCCACUAAAUAAGACUGAUUUAACYUACGCCGAAUUGGCUGGCCCAGGUAAUGGAGCACGCAUGACGCCUUAUUGCAGCGCCACCUUGGGUCGUCCACGACAAACGGAACUGAAACGAGCCGAACCGAACAUCUAUUCACAGGUAAUAAAAAUGAUGGACGAUGAUAGUCCGACCGAGUUCGAAGAAAUCGCCAUACAAUGGCCCAAACAAACACACAACAACACAACCAGUACACAUCCGUUAGUGCAGGCAGCGGCAGCAACAACAACGGCAGUCGCUUAUGUAGCCGGACGUUCGACACGGAUCGAUUUGGCUCAUCAUCCGAUGUACUCGACGAGUCCCAUGUUUGGCGGUCAAACCACCAUAACCGGUGUCACCAUGUCGCAUCCCUCGCAGUUGGCCACAUUCACCCCGCCACCGCCGUUAUUUACGCACAAAGUGAUCGGUGCYGCGCAAUCACAGUCGCUGCCACCAAAUGUUGCAGUGCCGGUGAGCAGUAAUGGACUGCUGCAGACAGUCACCGCUGGUGGUGGACUCGUGUGUAUGGGUAUGCCGCCACAUUCGGCAGCGGCGGCUGCGUCACUUAUGCAUGCAGCGCAACAACAACAACAACAACAACAUCAGCAACCAAAAUCGCCACCAACGGCUGGCAACGGUAUGUCAGUGGGCGGUUAUGGAGAUGUGAACUCUAGCCCGGGCAUCCUGAAAACGGUACCAGAAGAAGUGCAUCAUCAAAUGAAUGGUGAGGAUUUGCUCCUUACAAAGGAUCGCAAUCAUGCAACACGCUUUUGACGGUAAAUUACAAUCAUCGAGACGCUUGAGAUGGCGCAGUAAAAAUACCAGAAACGACAUGGCAGACGAAGUAAAUGAAACAAACGAUAAACUACGUAGCGUAUAAAGGAAAAUGUUAACAAGACAAAAACUGAUAAUGGUAAAACGAGAAACAAAAAAUUUGGGGGAGAAAAAUAUGUAAACAGACUAUAAUAGAAUGUGAUGGAAAUCUAAAUAUAUAAAAUAAUGAGAAGAUAAAGUAAAAGAAUUUCUGUUCAUUAGUGAAGUAUACAACUUAAAAACACUACUUAGAUGUACACAAAGCAACCCUGUAAGAAUUUAAAAGUAUUUGGAAUUUCGUACUCGGCCAUUAAAACUAAAUUUUGAUUACCAAGUUCAAGUUUGAUUGACAAGCUCUAUACUGUUUCUAAAGUUAAUUACAGUCUCACAAGAUCGGUAUUGUUUCCCACGUUCCCACUUCAAAUUAGUUUCACAACUUCCAAUCCGUUUAAAACGAUCAUUACUGUUUCAAAAGUUCAUUAUUGUUCCAUAAGUUCAUUACUGUUUCAAAAGUUCAUUAUUGUUCCAUAAGUUCAUUACUGUUUCACAAGUUCAUUACAGUUCCAUAAGUUCAUUAAUGUUUCACAAGUUCCUUACGGUUCCAUAAGUUCAUUACUGUUUCAAAACUUCAUUAUUGUUCCAUAAGUUCAUUACUGUUUCACAAGUUCAUUACAGUUCCAUAAGUUCAUUAAUGUUUCACAAGUUCCUUACGGUUCCAUAAGUUCAUUACUGUUUCAAAACUUCAUUAUUGUUCCAUAAGUUCAUUACUGUUUCACAAGUUCAUUAGAGUUUCAUAUGUUCGAUUUUGAGUGAUAAGUUCAAUACUGUUUCAAACGUUGAUUACUGUCUCAAAGUUUAAAUAUUUUUUCACACGUUAAAUACCAUUUCACAACUUCAAAUCCGUUUCAAACAUUCAUUAUUUUUUCACAAGUUCAAUUCUCGUUCACCGUUUCACAACUUGGAAUUCGUUUCACAAGUUAAGUACUCUUUCUUAAGUGAGGUUCGAAAUACCAUUUUUAAAGGCUGUAUAUAAUAUUACUUAAAGCUAUAAAAGCUAUAAAAAUUUCUUAAUACCACCAUAAUUAACAGACGCUUUCGAGGUUUACUUCAUAAAAAAAAAAAGAAUCUAAUGCUUUUGGAGAAAUUUUUUCCAUUAGUCUCUCUCUAUUUUCAAUAUUUUGCUCUCUUUGUUCGAGUUUUAAAGCACAGWUAACAUAAUGGUUUAUUUUGAAGGUGUAUAGGAUUUAAAUUUUGUUCCUUAAGCAUUUCAUUAAUUAUUUAUUGCAGGGUUGCCGCCUACAUAUAAAAAAUUGCAAAUCUCCAAUAUAUUGAAUCUGUCAAACGAACUGCCAAUAAAGCAUUUCAAGCCUAUUAACACUGGGUGAGUUAGUAGUUGCCAACAGGCAAUUGAGAUACUUACUGUGUGAAAAAUAUUGCUCAACACUGUACUUUUGCAAUGAAAGUGGCAAGCAUAAUCUUCGUUUGUGUCUAGAAAUUUUUAAUGCAAAUAAUUUUUCAAUAUUUUAUUACAAAACUCUUUGUGUACAUAAUAAAUUUAGUAAAUAAUGGAAAUAGCAAA